AACCAAUAACCUUAACAGGUAGAAGUGGUAAAAGUUAUCAUUUUUUAGCAUCGUCAGACAACAUAGGUGAAGUGUUAACCGAUCAGCCUUCUGGUUCUUGGACACUUCCAGCAGCCAAUGAAACAGUCAUACAAAGCUCUUUAUCCUCAAGCAUUGACAAACUUCUGGAUCAUACAAUAAAUACAAGUCCAAUUUACAACCACUUAUUUGACCAAAAAUACGUGGAGCUUACAAUGCAAGUUACACAGUUAAUUAAUCAUGAUUGGACUUUCUUCCCUCAGCUUAGGUAUGCCAUCUUGCAAUUUUUUUGCAGGGGCAAUCCUAGUGAAUAAAUCAGCGGCAUUAAUCGUAAAUUGUACGGAAUCAUAUGGAAGAUCGAAGACAGUUGAUGCGCACCGUGAACGUAGAGUUGGUACUGCAAUGCACAAAUCCUCAUUUCCCAAAAAGGCAACAUGUGAUGGAUGGAUUAAUACAAUUACCACUCAUGAAGACAACGUAGCCAAACUAAAAAAUUGGCACAACGGUCAGCAAUCUAUUGGUAACCUCAAGUGUACGCAUAGAUAAACAUUCAAUAACAAAAAAUAGUGUGGAACUAGGAUCAAACGCCAGUAAUUUUACUGCAACAGACGAUACAAAAAUUUAUCUUCAUAUGGAAUCAUUAAGGUUAGGAAAAAUGUUGAUUGAGGAUGACUCAAUAACCAGUAUUGAUACGGGAUACAGGAAAUGGAUUACUUAAUACACGACAAAUUACCUCCUCCACUUCUUGACCCAGGCAGGAAAUGACUCAACUGGUUGUCUCUUUAAACUUGUUAGCAACAUUCCCCCCUUUCUUUAUCACCUUUUCUUCUUCUUCCUUUUCUUUACCUUUUUACCUCUUGUCCCGUAAGAGGGCUUUUAGAUACUUUUUUUUUUCACAUAAUUUGGACUGACCUGGGC